CGAAUUCGUCAUUCAUCGUUCGUUCGCUUUGGUCGACAUCGCGGAACGGUCAUUUUUUCGUGAUCUGCAGUUUUGCCAACGAGAUACUAUACUUAUAAUAAAACAAAAUGCCUAACCAGGUGUUAACUAUAGAGCCACAAAACGAACUUAAAUUUAAAGUUGAUUAUUCAGGACUGUUCGAGCAUGGUUGUACUACUUAUAUGGCCCUGACUAACCCAUCGAACGAUUUAGUCCUGUACAAAAUAAAGACUACUGCACCAAAGAAGUACUGUGUACGUCCUAACUCUGGGGUGCUUGAGCCAUACUCUAAAGUGGAGAUAGCAAUUACUCCUCAGCCUGUGUAUGUGGAUCCUAAUGAGAAACAUAAACAUAAGUUUAUGGUGCAAAGCGUUAUCGCUCCAGAGGGGAAGAUUAAUAUAGAUCAAGUGUGGAAGGAGAUAAGCCCAGAUCAGCUUAUGGAUUACAAGCUGAAGUGUGUCUUUGAAUCUCCACGUGGAACCAAUCUCAAUGACGCUGGUGACAAUGUCGCCCAAAAUGAAGUGGCUAAGAAACGUGUCGCAGUUGCGGAUGAAGCUAAAUCGUCGACUAAGGAUGCCGUAGAAGGUCUUAUCCAGAAUGAAGCAAAGCGGAAGGAUGAUGAUAACUCUACAGGCGCAAAACCGACUUUGACUUUCCCCAAGUCUGAGAAUGCGGAAACUGAUUUGCAAAAGGCGACUUUAGAGGUUAUUCUUUUGAGGGAGGAGGAAAGCAAAAUACGACAUGAAAUUCUUCAGUUAAAAGAAGAGCUACUGCGCCUGCGCCAGGCCGCUGGCGGCGACGGCCGUGUGGCGCGCCCUCACUCGUACGGGCCCGAGAAGAACGCACAGAUCGCGCUCAUGCCGUGGGUGUUGACCGCCGUGGGCAUGGCGCUGCUGGGCAUUAUCAUCGGCAAGUUCCUCAUGUGAAUGGUCUCCACACACCCGCGGUCACAAUGACAUCGCCUCACAGAUACCGCUGUUACACUGCUCCCGAUGCAUCCCUCUCGCACAAGGCAGCUUUUAUUUUAUGGCGACCUAUCCUAGCUUCCGUUAUGCCGCACUUGUGUUCCUUUAAGACUCGCGAUUCAGUCAGUGUAAUGCUUAUGUAAACUAACCGCUUUUUCCUUGAUUUAAUGUGAGCCCUUUUAUUAAUAAAAUUUACCUUAAAUCGCCAAGACUAACUAUUUGAUUUCUAAUGUUACGUAAUAUCUAGUGGCAAGAUAUUAGCAUGAUAAAAUAAUCUAAAAAAUUGCUUAAUGUAACUUGAAGGCAAUCAAUGUGUUCUUGUUAGAUGUUUAUUAGUUUAAUGAAAUGAAUCAAUAGAUAUUCCCUUUUUAAGGCAAAAUAUUAUACAACUUUAUACACGAUCGACGUGACAUUCACAAAUAUUUGUAAACAUAUUUUGUUACUGAGAUAGUUGUUUGUUGUUUUCAUUGAAGCACUGUAAUGACAUAAUAUUGCCUGACUUAGAAUGUAUAUGUUCUGAGCCUUCCCAUUUAAACUAGAAUCAACCAAUCAUUGUCGAGUAUGUUAAAAGUACCAGACAAAUACUAUUGAUAGGAAGAUUCUUAUAGUUCUUUAGUUGUUUUGUUUUAACUGUUCUCGAUCCCCUAGUGUUAUAUCACACAUUUAACUGUCUUAAACUUUUAGGCUAAUGUCAUGUGUGAAAUAUUCUACCAAUAUGUGAAAUAUACAAUAGUUAAUAUAGCAAUUUUCACGUUAUUUCUUUCUAAGUAGUAGUAUUUCUAUAACAUACAUAUAUUUAACAUAAUGAUAUUAUAAUUACUUAUUUUGUAAAAUGCAGCAUAAUUUUGCUGACAUUUUCCGAGGAACCAUGAUACCGUAUUUUACACUAAUGAUUGCCUUAUCCAGAUUCCAAAACAAAAAUAUGACUUAUUAUGAAUGCGAAGCUUUUAUUAUACAAUGGUUAGAUAUCAGGGCAAGUAGAUUGGUCUACAAUCGUAAUAUGUAUGUGUUAUAGAUAAUUUAUUUGCAUAGUUUAUUUACUAAUAUUAAAAGAUGUUACUAUAUUUUCUUGAUAAAAUUGGCAUAGUCCUAUAUACCUAACAAAAUACAAGGCGCAUACGGUCUUCCAUAAUUUCAUUUUCAAUAUAAUGAACAGUUUCGAACGCAGGUAACAAUCCAUAACGUUUGGUAAAUGUUUAAUCAUAUAAUUAAAAUGAGGUAACUUCAUGAGACGGGCCAAUUUUGUCGACAUUUUAAUUAAAAAAAAUGGUUACGAUUACAAAAUUGUGUAACACUGUUACAAAAAUAUCAUAAAAAUUGUAGCUACUUUAUUAACUUGUUGAGAAAAUGGCAAGAAUCGUUGGCCAGGUCACGUAAACGAUUGAUACCUCGUUCUAGACAAGAAGUAGCUGUGUAGCAUGAGCCGGGACCGGGUGUAAUGCCCGACCUCUUCGACUUUACUGUAGAGUGUUUUCACUGCUUGCUGUACAGUGCUCGACUUGUGUUAAAAGUCAAGCGCUACAAGUGCCAUCAUUUCUACCUGGUCUCCCGGUGUCGGCUACACCGUGCAUUGCCUUAGGUACUUAGGGAGUGAUUUAGAAAGAACUUUACAGUAUUCACAAUGUACUGAGUGUUUAUCUCUGGUACCUCAAAUUACAUAAGUGACACAAUUAUGUUUGUUCUCAUCUAUGAAGAACCUUUUGCCAGUUCGUAAAAUUCAUUUUGUAUUGGAAUAUUUAUCAAUUAUUAAGGCAUCGAAAUAGUUACGUUUGACAAAAUACUGUUUGUUUUGUUACGAUUAAGUCGUCAAAAAAUAUAACCACUGAAUUAAGGAGGCAUGAGCUGUGCCACCUUAAUUCAGUGUCAGUCUUAUAUCCAUCUUACCUCACCGAUUACGCCGAUAUGAUCCGAUUUUUUUUUCGUGCAUUAUUAUUAUUAUAAUGUUCACUUGGAGUUCGUAAUGUUACUGAUUAAAAUCGGCGCCUAGAUUAAUUUUCCUAGACAGCCUUUACUUAGUACACUUCUUAUAGUUUUCGUUGUCAAAAGGUUCUUAUUAGAGCGGACAGAGUAUAACAUAGUGAUAAGUGUCAGUUAUUACAUUUGAGGGUAUCGUUCACUACAGUUUUGUGCGUUAGUUCAUGCAUAGGUUAAUAUUACAAAAGUGUUGUCUUAAUUAAAUUGGCUUACGGCAAACAAAUUAAGUGUGAGUAACCAUAUUUCGUAUAUACAUAUUAUACAUUGCGCUGUGCAAAAAUAAUGUUAGUAUUAUUGUUAUAGUUAUUUAUAAACCAUUAAAUGUGCUUGUCGUGAUUCGUGUGACAACAAACUUGAUAUAAUUACCUGAGUUUUCAAUGCUUGUAGAUUGGCUAUUUAUUUGUAUUUUGUGUGUGGCUCUGUGCAAACUGAUACCUCUUCACACCUUUCCUGUGAUAACGUUAUUCUAUGUUAAUACUCUUCAAAUCAUAUUUUUAGCAACACUUGAUGAUCUGUCCGCUGUGUUCACAUUUAAUCUAAGGCCUUAAACAAGUUCAGCGUCAGGCACUAGUUGCAUGGCGUUAAUGCUGAACUGAGACCUUUUUUUGGUGCAGCUUCAGGGUAUACUUUUUUGGUGAAUGUUAUGUUUAAUUUUUAUGCUGUACUAAUUAAAAACGUUUUCUUUCUUUCUAAGUUUAGCGUGCGUUAAGUAAGAAAAGUGUGAAAUUAAUCGCAAGAAUAAUCAUGUGGUUUCAGUUUGCACAACGCCUUUAUAUUUUAUUUUAUAGUGACUAAAAAUAAAUAACUUUAAAAACUAAGCAACCAACGUCUAAUGUUAUCGCGAUAACCACUGAGGACGAAACAUUAUAACGAAAUUCUGUUCUAUAAUUGUUUUUCAUUCAAAGUUAUUUUCAUGUACAAUAAUGUUUUUGUAUUUGGUUUAACCUAUGUCACUGACAUUCAAAAUCUACGUAUUGUGAUCAUUGUGUUGUCAUUUUUAAUUGUGGUAAACUUUAACUUGUAAUAAAAAUUACAAAUUAAUUUUUAUCAUGCUUAGUAUUAACUCGUAAGUUGGCAGUAGUUUAAUGACGAAAUCGUGGUCCCAACUGAUAUCCGUUAGCUUUUAACAAUAUUUAAUUUAUAAUUGAAUUGCACAGCGGGAGUGACCGAGAGCGAGGAUAGGAAGUCGCUUUUAAAAAACCAUUUGGUUAAUGAUGCGAAUGUUCUGGCGUUAGCUGAGCUUCUCAAUUCUCAGUUAAAUGAUUAUUAUAAAUCUAAUGUCUCCAAUGUAUUUCUUAUAUUUGAAUAUUUGAAUACAGUACUUAUAUAUAUAAUUUUUCUGAAUCGUUCGUCAUCGUUUCGUCGCCUGAGAUCAUGAUUGUUAACCUAUAUGCUGACUAGGGUGACUGAAGCUCAGCCAUCGUCCGACGGAGAUAAGUGCGAAGUGAGGAUUGUAUUAAUGAUUAAAUUGGUAGUAUAACCGUGGCUGUUGUGUGAACUCCACGGCUACUAUUCCGAUAAUACUAGGCGUCAACAUGUCAUGUUUCAUAGCACAUUUAAUCGUAGAUUUAUGUCAGUAUAUUUAGAAGAAUUUCACUCUUGUUUGUGGCAUUUUUAUUUUCAUUUGUGGUGGUUUUUUAUAAAUAUGCCGAUGGACAGAAUGUUUAAUUUGUAAUAAAUGUAUCUCUACAUCAUCUAGAUAAGAUCGCACUAAACAAUUACUGUACAGGCAACCGAAUCUUUAACAAUAUGUCCUGUGUUUAAUGUUAUUUGAUUUUCAGAUCAGUUUUACUUUCAAAACUACGUGACGAUGAUAUUUUGUUAAAAAAUUCAAUAAAUCUCCGAGAUGUAUUGAAUUCCUGUCUUAUUUUUUAGAAAAUUACAUAAACGACAAUCGAAAGGAAAACUGAAACGAAAUAAAUUAUAUUUAAGUUACUCAAUUAAACAUAUUUGAAGAAAAAUAUGAGCAUUUUCAUGAGACUAGUAUUUAAAUGGUGAUGUACCCAAUACUUGGACACGACAAAUAAAAUUCAAUAGGCCUUUUAACGUCGCUCGAAUAUUACGUCACAUGCAAUAUUGGUAAAGUAAGAAACGUUAUGAAAUGGGUAUUAAGAAUCUGUAUAUUUUUCUUUAUAUAUGUAUAAGUAAAAACAAUAUGAAGGUGAUGAAAACUAAAGAAAUGAUUCGUGAAUGGUAAUGUAUUUAAAAAUUUUGUUUUAUUAAAUGGUUGGUGAAUUGAAA